AUGCAGACAGCUUUACGCGUGCUGUGUGCGGUUCUCUGUGUGACCGGGGUCCUCUCUUCUCCACUGAAGGCGGUUCAGAGCGGUGUGAAGCUGGUGUCUAUGGACGAGGUGAGCAUUCUCAUGUACGGUGUGCUGCAGUUCAGCGAAUCCCUGCAUCACAUCUACCAGAGCACUGAGGCAAAGCUGGACCGUGUGAUGAAAGCCAUCAGCCGAACCGAGAGCGAGGUCAAGAAGCUGGGUCUCGACACAGAGGAGGCUGUUCAAAGCGAGCGUCAGAUCAAAGAAAAACUCAAGCUUAUUCAGGCUCAAAUGGAAAGUCUACAGGUCCAAGCCCAAGAGAGCAAAGGCAUGGUCACCAGGGUGGAGCAGGAAGAGGCGGAGCUAAAGAAAAAACUAACAGAUCUUGAAGAAAACUUAAACGGCUCUUUGCCAGACAAGAUCAAGAAUAAGACAGUUAAAAACACGACUCUUUUGAAGGAUCUGAUGAAGUGGGCAGAGGAACAGAAAAUCAAAUUGAAGAAUCAGACCCAGCAGCUGGCUGAGUUACAGAAACAGAAUGUGGUGUAACCGCAAAAUACAUUCCUGUUUGUCACCUGACUGUUCACCUGCGAGGAGAAGGAACUGUGAACUUCAUCGACACUCCGUUUAUGGCACUACAAACAAACUACUUCAUAUCUGCCAAUUAUUUCACAUUAACAUUGAGACUUAUUCAUGACAAAAUAAGCAAUAUCUUAUGUGAA